AGAGAGCUAUAAAUACCAGAAGCGUGCUGCAGGAUGAGAGAGAGCGCAGCCCUGCAAGAAACAGCUAGAGAGUGCAUGACAGACCUGCACUCGCAGUGAUACAGCUGGCACUGGUCUCAGUCUGCUUUUCAGAUUUUACAUACACACACCCCCCCCCCCCCCCCCCCCCAAAAAAAAAAAAAAAAAAAAGUCGAUUAACGCUGCAAAGUUAACGCGAUAUACCCGCUAGUGAUCUACAACUUUUGCAAACUAUUUUAUAAGGAUACCUGCUUGAUCAAUACGCCUGCUCACAGGAAAAUGCCAGCCGACAGCAUGGAGAAAUCCACAGCAUCCCCAACUGCUGGCGCGCCCGCAAUCGCUGCUCAAUCGCCGGACAAGCCAAAGAGUGCAAGCGAACACAGAAAGUCAUCCAAACCCAUCAUGGAGAAGCGCCGCAGAGCGAGGAUUAAUGAAAGCCUUGGGCAGCUCAAGACACUGAUUCUGGACGCGCUUAAAAAAGAUAGUUCCAGACACUCAAAGCUUGAAAAAGCCGACAUCCUUGAGAUGACUGUGAAACACCUGCGGAACCUGCAGCGUGCCCAAAUGACUGCAGCUCUCACUGCUGAUCCAACAGUCAUGGGAAAAUACCGGGCUGGAUUUAACGAGUGCAUGAACGAGGUGACCCGGUUCCUCUCCACUUGCGAAGGGGUUAACACCGAGGUCAGGUCCCGGCUCCUGAACCACUUGUCCGGCUGCCUUGGUCAGAUGAUCGCCAUGAACUACCCACAGCCCGCAGGGCUCCAACCGGCCCACCUAGCGCAGCCCCUGCACGUCCAGCUCCCGUCAGCAGCGACGGCCCCCCUCAACGGAGUCUCCAUGCCCGGCAAGCUCAGUCCGGCCGAAGCGAUCUCCCCAAAAGUGUACGGCGGCUUUCAGCUUGUUCCCGCAACGGACGGACAGUUUGCUUUCCUGAUUCCCAACCCUGCCUUCGCGUCCGCCACCACCCCGGUUAUUCCACUCUACGCCAACGCGCCGGUGGCAGUCAGCGCCAGCCCUGUGCGUGCCAACGCAGCGCCAGCCGUGACGUCUCCCAUCCAGGGGAUGACGUCAUUCGGACUCGGAGUCUCCGGUGUUUCCCGAGCUGUCAGCCCCAUGGGUAUCGUGAGCACCGGCCCGGAGAGCGAGUCUGUGUGGAGACCUUGGUGAAGAAAACAGCAUAGGCCUGCUCCCUACACUUAGAAAGACUU